AUGUCUAUUCAUUUCUUCUUCAGAUGGAUCCUGAUGCUGCUUCUUGUAGGUUGUGCAGCAUCUGGGCAAACAGUAGGGGUGAUGGGUCUCUCUGUCACCUUACCCUGUUCCUACUCAGUUCCUGAUGAAACACAUCUCACAUCCAUGUGCUGGGGUCGUGGAGUGUGCCCUCUGAAUAGAUGUGGGCAUGAAAUCAUCUGGACCGAUGGGAGGGAAGUGACCUACCGAAGGAGCAGCAGAUACCAGUUGAAAGGGGAUCUCCUCAAAGGGGAGGUCUCCCUGACUAUAGCAAAUGUGACCGAUGCAGAUGGCGGAAUGUACUGCUGCCGGGUGGAGUGUACUGGUUGGUUUAAUGAUAAGAAAGUUAACCUACAGUUGGUGAUUGAGCAAGCCAGCAAUUCCACAGCUCUACUGCCAGCCAAGGACUUCCCUUCAGAAAUACCAACUUAUGCCUCCACGGAAGGCUUCAACUCAGCCAGCAACUCCACUACUCUAUCGUCAGUCAAGGACUUCCCUUUAGUAAUUCCAACACAUGCCUCCACGGAACGAUACAGCUCAGGUAAUGUACUGGACAGAGAUGCUCUCUUCUUGUUUCUGAGUUUGGCAGACUUCAUAGUGCGAGCAAGGCAAUAUGUGACCCGGGGUCAGCGAGCCCCUUUUAUUUCAACUCUGAGAACAGAGGUGGCAGGAUCCUCUGAAACAUCAGUUCAAAUGAAUGGGACCCAGUCCAGCAACCAGGGAGGACAGUGUUGCCCAAUAGCUGUGAAUGUAACAGUAACACAGACUUCGGAAGGCCUUCGAAAUAGAAAUCAAACAGAAAUGACAACAGCACCAGAUCUGUGGAUGACCAGCAGCAAGGGGCUAUAUAUUGGAGUCAGUGUUUUUGCAGGAGCCCUUCUCAGUCUCCUUUUAGUUAUCCUUAUUUUCAAAUGGCAUAUUCACAACCGCAAGAAGAUGCAGAGUUUAAGUUUAAUUUCACUCUAUAGCCCCCCACCCACUGGAAUACGGACCGCAAUGGAGUCAGGCAUUCAUGCGGAAGAAAAUGCAUACACCAUUGAGGAAAAUGUUUAUACCACUGAGGAAAAUGAGUUCACCACAGAGGAAAAUGCCUAUAUUAUCGAAUGAAGACCAGAGGUGCCAUCAGGAGCAAACAGCGAAUCUCUCAUCUCUAAACUUAUCCCCUUUCAAACUAGUUGAUGAUUUUCAGGGGAUGUUGCAUCUGACAGAAAACUCUGUGAACACCUAAACACAGAUGGACAAGACUGGGAUAAACGCAUGUACAAUCUACAAUUUUGACAAUGCAGAGACCUCUCUAAAACUGAUAUAUAUAUAAAAGCUCAAAGUCAACAAUCUCUAGAAUAAUGGACUGAACCAUCAGAACCCUCAAACAGUUCCUGAACUGGCAGCCACCACAUGUUGCAAUUCUUAUUAACUUGAAUUCCGUCGGACAGUAAUGUGUUCUGUGGGAUUCGCAGAUGAACUCCUGGUGACUUGGCAUCCCUUCCAGAUCCUAAAGCCCAAAAGCUAUUACUAGCAUGAAGUUUCUGUGUCAUAACUGCUUCUUUAAACUGUCACCUUUGUUGAAAACUCCAAAUUCAUUAUUCUUAGAAGCUAAUUGAUUUCUUUAUUCAUCAAAUGGCUGCUCAAGUUUCAUUUUUCCCUCUGGCUAUGACUGUUUAUUUUAUUCUACAAAAGCACAUCUUAUGACUUUCAAAGUAUGGUUUAUGACAUACUUUUCCUAAAAGACAGGAUAGCUCAUUUCCAGAAUUAUAGGGAACUAGAAAAUCCUAUUUGCCUUGGAGAAUCCAUUCACUCAGUCACUCAACAAUUCUUGUUGAGUGCCCACAGUACAUCCUAUAUAACCCCUCUGGAAAAAAGUGAUUGGUUUUAUGUGGAAGAAUAUAGUAGGAUUCAAGAAAAUUGAAUCUUACCCCAUCCUGUCUUCCAGGUGUGAAAAAUUCACCUUAGAUGACUACCCUUUGUCAUUUUAGAAAGGCAGUUCUUUUGGAAUAGUCCUGGAAUUGGCUCAUUUUCAGGCAGCUAUGAAUUUUUCUUUUCAAUUGUAGUGAUAGCUUUGGUUAGAUUGAUGUCAAAUGGUCAUUCCUAAAUAAUUCCUUAGAAUUUUCCCCCUGAGAUGUUUUUCAACUGAAAUGAAAUAUCUUCAACUAAAAUUUGGAAGAAUUUUGGAGCAAAAUUGUUUGUAACAGCUCUUGCAAGAGAUGAUAGUGUCUGCAAACAUUAAACCAAAUACUGUAAUUUCUGCUAUAAUUUGGUAGUUAUGCUCUCAAAGAAUCCCAGGUUAUGUGAA